GCUAGUCAUGGAUUCAUUACACAACAUGAAUGGGCCAAAUCAAUUAGAGCUUUUAUUAACCUGGAGGCAGCAGGUGUAGGGGGAAAGGAACUUGUUUUUCAAACAGGACCUGAGAAUCCUUGGUUGGUACAAGCAUAUGUAGCUGCAGCCAAGCAUCCCUUUGCUUCUGUGGUGGCACAAGAAGUAUUUCAGAGUGGUAUUAUCCCAGCAGAUACAGACUUCCGUAUCUACAGGGACUUUGGCAACAUCCCAGGAAUAGAUUUGGCUUUUAUUGAAAAUGGAUAUAUUUAUCAUACAAAAUAUGACACAUCAGACAGAAUUUUAACAGAUUCCAUUCAGAGAGCAGGUGACAAUAUUCUAGCUGUCCUAAAAUACCUAGCGACGUCAGAUAAGUUGGCUAAAUCUUUUGAGUAUCGGCAUGGAAAUGUUGUGUUCUUCGAUGUACUUGGUUUAUUUGUCCUGGCUUAUCCUGCUCAUGUUGGCACCAUCAUGAACUAUAUUACAGCAGCAAUUGCUUUUCUUUAUUUAAGCAAGAAAAUAUUACAGCCCAGAAGCAGAGCUAUUCAUAACCUGAAGAAGUUGUUUACGGCAUUCGGCUUAACGUUGAUCAGUUGGGUCUCCACACUGGUGAUGGUCCUUAUAGUGGCAGUGUUCAUCUCUGUCAUUGGACGAUCUCUUUCCUGGUACACCCAUUUCUAUGUUUCUGUGUUUCUGUACGGCACAGCAGCUGCAGCUAAGCUCAUCCUUGUGCAUACACUAGCCAAGAAAUUCUUCUACAAGGAUAUGAAUGAGCAGUACCUGGGAGAUAUUUUUUUUGAUACCUCGUUGAUGAUUUGGUCUUUAGCAUUGGCUAUGGUUACUCAGAUGGGCAUUUGUUCAGCAUUCAUUUGUACUCUAUGGGUAGCAUUUCCUUUACUUGCUAAGCUGAUGAUCCAUAAAGAAUUCAGCCAAAAAGGUGCCACAAUGAAGUUUGUAAUGAUGUACCUGCUGGGAAUGUUUGUUCCCUAUCUGUAUACGAUGUAUCUUAGUUGGACUGUAUUUGAAAUGUUUACACCUAUCAUGGGACGAAGCGGCUCAGAAAUUCCUCCAGAUGUGGUGUUGGCAGGAUUUAUUGUGAUCAUAACUGUGAUUCUGUCAUCCUAUUUU